AUGAGUACGCGGAACCCACUGACACUGUACAAGCUGGCCAAGCAGAGUCUGCUGAAAAGUGAGACCAUACUGAGCACUGCUCUGCAGGACCUGUCCACCCUGAUGUACCAUGACAUAUUCAUGGAUGCCUUCAUGGGGGAACACAAUGAAGUCCUCAAGGUGAUGGUGCAGGCAUGGCCAUUCCCUUACCUCCCCUUGAGGACCCUGAUGGAUUUGAGGAACUCAAAGUCCACACAUACUCAGUUUGGAGAAAUCACACCACAACAGAAAAACCUACAGAGCUUAGAAGCCCUACUGGAUGGAAUUGACACACAGCUGUCACAAAAGUUUCAGCACAGGUGGAAUCUGCAGGUGCUGGACUGGAGGGAUGUACACAGGGAAUUCUGGACUCUAGGGCCCACAGCAAUGAGUGCUGCCCACUUGACAGAUGCCAGGAAUAAGAAAAAAGGCAAGCCUUGCUUAGGUGAAAAGCAGCCAAUGCUGAGAAUAUUCACACACCUUUGUUUUGAAUACUGGAGUUCGUCUUGUGCCACCCAUGACAAACUACAGCUCUGCCUCUUGAAGUGGGCCAGCAAGAGAAAAGCUUCAGUGCGCCUGUACUGUGAGAAGGUGACGAUCAGGUCCAGUGAUAUCCUUAAAAUCCUUAAGCUUCUGCGAACUGUGCACCUGGACUCUAUCCAUGAGCUGCAUGUGUUCAGUGACUGGAAUCAGAAAACCAUGAAAGCAUUUGUCUCUCAGCUCAAGAAGAUGACCAACCUUCAUACAUUUCACUUCAGAUGCUUAAGCACAGAGGAGUUCCCUUCUCCCUCCAAAAACAAGUGGUAUUCACGACUCUAUGCUUCUCACUUAGGACAGAUGCAGAGUCUUCAGGAGCUUCACAUGGAGGAAGUCUUCUUCCUACGAGGAGCUCUGCAUAAGAUUUUAAGGACACAGACCCCCUUGAAGGCCCUCUCCUUGAGUUCAAGCCCCUUGAAGGAAUCUGACCUGAAGCAUCUGUCCCAAUGUGCAAGCACAAGCCAGUUCAAGUCCCUGACUCUGAGCUGGAUUUCAAUGCACUCAUUCCAUCCUGAUACCCUCCGAGUUCUGAUACACAAUCUGGCCAGCACCCUGGAGACCCUAGCCCUAGAGCACUGUGAGUUCACAGACACCCAGCUCCUUGCCAUCUUGCCUGCCCUGAGCAGCUGCUCAAGGCUCAGGACUUUCAGUUGCUGUGGGAACUACUUUUCCCUGAGCACCCAUGAGGUCCUGCUAUGCCUGACUUUAAGAAUGAGCCAGUAA